AUGCCCAAACCCAAAGGAUCCAAGUCCUCCAAGACCCCGGCGCCGACGCCGACGCCCCAACCGCCCCCAUCUUGGCCGGCCUUCAAGCCUCCGUUGCCCGUCGUCAACCUGACACUCAACCCACACCCCUUGACCUCCAAGGUGGUGCUUGUCCCCUCCUUCUUUCCCCGCUCCCUCUGCCGAGACUAUGUGAGCUUUCUCAAGACAUUGCCGCUGCAUACGACUCCCGGUCGCCCCAAGCGGGGGGAGGCCGUUCGAGUCAACGACCGGUUCCAAGUCGACAGCCCGGAUUUUGCCAUUCGCCUCUGGGAAGAGACAGGUCUCAAAGAGGCGCUGUUGGAGGGUGGAGAUGCCCAGGGUCGCUGGGGCGGUGAACUCGUCGGGUUGAGCCCAAAUAUCCGGGUGUACCGCUAUUCCCAGGGCCAGUACUUCGAUUGCCAUUAUGACGAUUCGAACAACCUGACGUUGCCGCUGGAUCCCCCGGCCGCCGUCCGCACCACGUGGACGCUUCUCCUCUACCUGACCUCAGCCGCCGAAGGCUGCGUCGGAGGGGAGACGGUCUUCUACCCACGCGACCGCAAGUCUCCGCGAGAGGAAAUUGCUGUGCCUCUGGAGACGGGGAUGCUCCUCCUGCAUAAGCACGGUGACGACUGCCUUCUCCACGAGGGUCGCGAGGUCACAGCGGGCGAAAAAUGGGUCCUCCGAACAGAUUUGUGUAUUAGACGAUGA